CUGGUCACUCAAUCAUUAUAAGCCCAAAUGAAACGCAAAAAGGUCCAGAUUUUUUAUCCAAAGUUUUCGGCAUUUAUAUUGACGUAAAGAUGGCUCUAUAGUUUGCGUAUCAGCAACAACAACCGCACUUAGGUGCCCCAAACACACAAAAAAUGGAAACGUAUACAAAACUCCCUGCCAUCAUGGCAUCCUUACAACAACCAGAAUCACAACAACAACAACAACCAUUCGCAUUCUUCGGACCGGAUUUCAUCUAUUCAAGGAACAGCAUAUCUUCUGUAAUUUUUGACAUUGAUUUUGACUAUGGACGCAACAUUUCAUCAAACCAUGGAGAGCUUGGAUUUGCCCAAGGAGUAUUGGGACCUCAAGCUGGAGCCACAAUCGCCCAAUUCGACGGUGGUCUCCGAUCUGUUUGCGCUCACUGAGGCGCAAGACUCUGAGUGGCUGUAUGACGAUAACUUUGCAAAUGGAAUAGCUUUAAUUGGUGACGAGGAGUGCAUGACGCUGAAUGACGCAGCCUCACUGGAGAUGCUGAGUGACGAGGAGUUAGUUGUGGAAAUCUUUGACUUGAAGGAUGAAGAAUGCCUUCUGGAUCAAAAGACUCCUCUUAACUACUAUGAGGCCAACAGCUAUCAGCCCAACAUCGAUGUGGUCAGCCAGCCAAUAAUUCCCGAAACUAAAGUACAAUUCCCUGCUGGCACAGCCUCGGCUGUUCCGGUAGAGCCCACUGUUGACUUCCAUUGCGAUGCCCCAUCCCUGAUACUGCAGCAGCUAACUCCUCCGCAGUCUCCGCCACAAUUCGAUGCUAUCAAACAACAAGCAGAGCCCCAUUCCGUGCUCGUCAAAGCCGAGGAGAAGGUGCAAUAUUAUGCUUCUGAUGCUGCAACUCCGGCGGCAGCUUCAACGCCCGCCACCUUCAACUUCAACACAUGGGUGGGCGGAAGCGAAAUUGCCCGGGAGAACCAGAUCAUCGAUGAUAUUGUCAACAUGCGGGCUCAGGAGUUGGAGCUCCCCACCAACUGGGAGCAGGACGACUGCGAAUCACAGUCAUCGUCCUCACUGGGCGGCAGCAGUGCCAGCAGAGUGAGUGGCAGCAUAGCGGACGUCGAUGAGGAGUGGAUCCCAGAGUCCAUUAGCAGCAGCUCCUCCCCAGCUCACACAUCCGUUGAGGAGUUGGCCGUCAGCCCAAAGAAGCGUACUCGCACCUACGGCCGAGGCGUGGAGGACCGCAAGAUCCGGAAAAAGGAACAAAACAAGAACGCGGCUACUCGCUACAGGCAAAAGAAGAAAAUGGAAAUGGAGAACGUCAUGGGCGAGGAGCAGGAGCUCACCCAAGAGAAUGAAGAGCUUCGACGCCGUCUUGGAGAGCGCCGCAACGAGAUGCGCUAUCUGCGCCAGUUGAUUCGGGAAUUUUAUCAGGAGCGCAAGCGCUAAACAUCAUAUUGUCUCAUUUAAUUUUAAUUUUUGUUUGCAAAGUUAUCGUUAUAUUUAACCCAAGGCUUCCCCGACCCUCUCACCAAUCACAUAUUCUCCUCUAUAACCCCCAAAACAGCAAUAACAAUCCCCCCAAAAAAGUUACAUGCCCCAGUAGCUAAAGUACGCAGUUUGUCGUCGUAUUCGCCAUUUGGCACAUAUGAAGGGUCUGUGGACCUCGAUUUAUUCUUGCCAGCGAAUUUCAACGACAAAAAUCCGACAUCAAGCGACACAGGCCAGUGUGGAGUGUAGAUUGCCACCACAUAUUGUUUUUCUAAAAAAAAUAUAUACAUGAAAACCUUUUUAAUUUGUAUUUGGAACAAGCACCCUGUGUUGCAUCUGCUGUACGUUUAUGCGAUUAAUUUUGGGCACUGAUUAUUCACAGUUCUUGACAAUUUUUUUAAAUGUCUGUAUCAAUAAAUAAGUUUAAAGUAUAUUAUUAAAUCAGCAAUAAAUCAAAGGGUUUUCAAAAGAAA